AUGGCAGAAUUGGCGAGAUUACUAGCUGGAAUGGAAUGGUGUGUGGCACACGGUAUUCAGGAUGUAGAAGUUGAGGGAGACUCACAAAUUAUCCUGAAUGGCAUUUCAAAUAAGAAUUUUGAAAACUGGAAACUGGAGGCGGUACGACCCAAAAUCCAAAAAAUAAGUGAAAGUUUAAAUAAUUUCACCCUCAAACACAUCUACCGAGAGGGCAACGCGGUGGCAGACUGGCUAGCUAAUAGAGGCAUCGAAUAUGAUGACUCAAUACAAUUGAUAGAGAUGGAGGAGCUAUCGGACGGAUUGAUAGAGAUCCUUGCUGCAGACAAAGGCAGAUUUCCUAAAACUGGAAUUGGCAUUACCUUAAACACUGACAGACAUUGGUGCGAUGCUCUGGUGCUGGAAGUUGUUCUUCUUCCUCUGGCAGAUAUCAUUGAAACAAAGAAAAAAGUGGUUGAAUUAAUAGAAAGUUUCAUUAAACCCUUCAUAGCAGAUACGGUUGUAGAAGCCAUUCUGGGUCUGGAGGAAGGAGUCAGAGUUAGUAUACUGAAGGUUUAUUUUCAAUUUGAAAAUUACCUUCGAUCAGACUUUGAGGAAGAGGAAGAGAGUGAUGGUGAUGAUGCUGUGAAAGGAGAAGAUAGUGAGAGUAGUGAUGGAGAAGAGGAGGCUUCUGUGACCAGUGAGGAGAUCCGAGAGAUGGCCCGCAGAGAAGUGUGGAGGGAAGAGUGGGAGAGAAGGAAGAAAUUUGGGGAUGAGGCAUGGGAAGUUUUUAGAUGCGCAGUCUUCAAUGGAAACCUUGAACCAUUUCGCAGGAUCAUUGAGGUAGAAGAGUGGUGGCUUCCAAAGAGUUCCACAUGUAAAGCAAUCACGAUAGCUGGUUUAGCAAUAGUUCUGAUGGAAUUUGUGAAACUUAUAUGGUUGAAACCACUGCAAAGUAAAAAGAAAUUUGAAGCCCAAGGGAUUCAAGGUCCUCCAUAUAAGUUAUUCAAUGGAAAUGCUCCUGAUAUUGUUAGACUGGCCAGGAAGGAAAGCUCCAAACCAUUGCCACUGCCAGAACACAAUAUAGUUCCUAGAGUUCUUCCUGCCUAUCAUCAUUGGAUGCAAACAUAUGGUCAGGAAUUUGUUUUCUGGUUUGGGAAUAAACCCAGGCUUUAUGUUACUCACCCUGAGCUUGCAAAGGAGAUAUUAUGUAACAAGUUUGGACAUUGUAACAAACUUCAAAAUAAGCAGCUUGGAAAACCAGGCCUUUCAAGGUUAAAUGGGGAGAAAUGGGCUCAUCAUAGAAGGAUUCUCAAUCCUGCUUUUCACACUGAACUCUUGAAGGGUAUGAUUCCCUCAAUUGUACAAAGUGGUAUCAACAUGUUGACAGAGUGGAGUAAAUUGAUGUCAUCAGAUGCAAAUGAAAUUGAAGUUUUUAAAGAAUUUUGUAUACUUUCAUCAGACAUAAUUUCCCGCACAGCAUUUGGAAGCAGUUAUUUAGAGGGGAAACGCAUUUUUCAUUUGUUGGAUCAACAAAUCCUUCUCUUUUUUGAAUCGAUUCGCAGUGUUCAUAUUCCUGGCUUCAGUGGCUCGGCCUACUCUCUUCGGAGGAAAGGAAAUCUUACACAUACUAGUGCUAUACCUAGUAAAUCAUCUGACUUUUUUUUUUCUAACAGGUUUCUUCCGACAAGAAAGAAUAGGCAACGAUGGUCAUUGGAGAAGGAAAUUAAGAGAUGUAUUAUGCAGGUGAUUGAAGGUAAAGAGAGGACUGCUUGUGAAAAUUUAGAGGACUACGGCACUGAUCUACUUGGUCUGAUGAUGACUUCCCAAAAGAAAGACGGAAGAGGAAACAUGAGCAUGACUACAGAUGAAAUAUUUGCUGAAUGCCGGAACUUCUAUGCAGCUGGUCAGGAAACUACAUCAAUCCUCUUGACAUGGACUAUGGUAUUGAUGGGAAUGCAUCCAGAAUGGCAAGAGAGAGCACGCAAGGAGGUCUUGGAAGUAUGUGGGAAAAUUGGAUUUCCAAAUGCAGACACUGUAAAUGGCCUAAAAAUCGUAGGAAUGAUUCUUAAUGAAUCCUUGAGACUUUAUCCACCAGCAGUGAUAAUAACACGGCAGACAUCUAAGCCAAUUAUGCUUGGAAGGUUCUCAAUUCCUGCAGGUACUCAGCUUGAGAUUCCGAUUCUUCAAAUCCACCAUGAUCAAGCUUUCUGGGGAGAGAGUGUGAAUGAAUUCAAUCCAGAGCGAUUUAGCCAGGGAAUUUUAAAGGCUGCCAAGCAUCCAAUGGCAUUCAUGCCAUUUGCAUUAGGCCCGCGGAUCUGCAUUGGUCAAAACUAUGCACUGCUAGAGGUGAAAAUAAUAUUAGCCAUGAUUCUGCAAAGGUUUUCCUUUGUGAUUUCACCUAAUUACAUCCAUGCACCUGUGCAAUCAUUCCUGCUCAAACCCCAACACGGAGCUCAGAUCAUGCUUCAUAUGAAUUAGGUUUUACAACAAAGAAUCAUGGGAAAAUAAUUUAGUUUCUGAAAUGAAAUGCUACAAAAUACACAUCACCUAUACAUAAUUAUGAUGUAAAUUGAGUUUUGAGCAAUUAUGAUAUUAAUCAAACCUUG